UUUAAAUAUUUUUGACAUUUCAACAGAGAUGUUUCAUUUGUUUAUAUUGUUUUUAAUAUGUUCGUUUUGAACUCACAGUUUUUGUAAAAAAUUCGAAAUUGUAUUGCUUCAUGGCCUUUAGAGCGACAAGUAGUGCCAUCGUCGUAGACAGCCUGAUAGCUGAGUUAGUUCAGGAGGUUAUUUGCGAUGACGAUCUACUGACGAAGGAAUCGAAUCAUGUUAAAACAGGGCCAUGCCAAAGGCUUUUUGAUAUAUUUGGCAUAACACAAUGCGGUCAACAGGACAACGAUGACAAUGUCAAAAUAGAAGUUGCUCAACUGGACCAUUUGAUGGCUGAAGAGUGCACAGAAACUCCGUCUCCGAUGAAUGCUUCAUCCGGUUAUCAGGCCAACACUCAAAAUCAGAAAUGGCACAGUUGGCUGCCGCAGGCUCUGGCUGCAGAUUGCUCUGAAGAUGAGUUGGAAAUUUAUCGCUGCCAACAGAAGUCAGUCAAACCCUCAACAAACAUCGCAUGUCAAACGGAACAGCCGCGUAUCCGGAAACGUCAUCAUUUACCAACGACAACGACAACAACAAUUGAAGAUCUGCCAAUUCGGGGCGUUCCAGCACCCUGUGAAUUAAGUCGCCAGACACUAUUCAUUGAUGCGAUGUCCGCGCCAACGCCCAGCCUACAGAGCCGUCCCCCUUUGGCCGACCGCUUCUGCUAUAUGUUGACCGAUUUCGCAUCGGCUCUGUACUGUAGUCUUGCCAUCAUGUGCUGUUGUACCCCCAGUAUGUUUCGAUAAAUGUGGGUGGGGCUUAAGAAAUUUAUAAUUUGUCACUUAAAUUGCAUUUUAAUUAUCGAGAAACAGUUCGUGGAAUUGACGCCUGUGAGCAGAU